AUGGUGAUGGCCAUGGAGGGGGAAAGGACGGAAGGCGACGAGCUGAUUGCCGAUUAUGUGGAUUGCCUCAUGCCCCUGGACACCAACGCCCGGCCUGUCCACAGCGACGGUCUCAUCCUCGGUGCUGCAGUCGGGGAAGGAGGGACGGUUGGGGCCGGAACAGGGCCAGAUGGCACGAGAGAUUUCCCCUCAGCCGAGGACCCCAAUGAGCCUAUGCUCGGCAUGACGUUCGAGUUCGACGAGGCUGCAAAGGCGUUCUACAACGAGUACGCCAGGCGGCUUGGCUUCCCCUUCCGCGUCGGCAGGUCUCGGCGGUCCAAGGGCACGGAGGAGGUUGUCGUUAUGAAGAGGUUCGUUUGCUCCAAGGAAGGGAUGUACAAGAAGAAACAGACCUCGCCGGACGAGGCGACAAGGAAGCGUGAGAGGAUGUCUAUGCGGGAAGGUUGCAACGCCAUGAUGGAGGUGGUUCGGGAGGCGGACCACUGGGUUGUCUCCAAGCUUGAGAAGGCUCACAACCAUGACCUGGGAACUUGUAGUGCCAAGGUUGGGUACCUUCGUGCGAGAGAGCAUCCAACCCUAAGAGACGAACUUGAGAGCUGUGUUCUUGAGUCUGAAACUAUCUCGACAUUCGAAACAACUUGGAUGUCAAUCAUUGAUAGAUAUGACUUGAGGAAGAAUUCAUGGCUUCAAGCAAUAUACAAUAUCCGCCAAAAGUGGGUUCCUUUGUACCUGAUGGAUACAUUCUUUGUAGAAACAUCUCCCACAUGGAAAUUGGAAACCAUGAAUGAUUUCUAUAAGAAAUAUUUCAAUUCAAAAACAACGCUUGAAGUUUUUCUUAAUCAGUUUGAUUUGAGCUUGGCAAGCCGGUACGAGGAUGAAGCAAAAGCAGAUAUGGAUGCCUGCUUAAAUAAGGCAACUACAAAAACUGCAUCACUAAUAGAAAAACAGGCAGCAAGCACCUAUACCAAAGCAGUCUUCAGUAAGUUUCAGGAGGAAUUUACAGAGUCUCUGGGAUUUAUCAUUCAGAAGACUGCAGAUGGCUGCAUAAGUAAAUACAGCAUCACAAAAGAUGAAGAUCCAUCGGACACUUUCUAUGUGACUUACAAUGCUUCCAAUAAGAUGGCAAACUGUAGUUGCAAGUACUUUGAAUUCUCAGAAGAUAAUAACAACAAUACUCAUGAUGAGGAUGCUUCUCAGUCCACCACAAGCCGCUACAAUGCCCUAUGUGCUGAUGCCAUCAGAUGUGCUGAGAAAGGAGCUGGAUCAGAGGCAGUAUAUAAAGCAGCAAAAGAUAUCUUACAGAAGGCAUAUGAAGAGAUUAUUGCUUAUGAAAGAAAUCCUGGCCGGGGAUCUCAAAGGGAUGCUAUAAACAUCAACGAGGAUGUCACGAUAGAUGAUGCGAUGAACGAUCAAUCUAUGCCAGAUUCUGGACGAAAGGAAUCAGAAUGUCCUCCACCUGACUUUAGGAGACAAGGACAAUUUAGUUUGAAGAUGCUUGAUCAUUUCUGUGAUGAACCCUGUAUGGCUGAAGAUACUAAAGGAAAAAGUACAUCCGUGGUGGUCCCUCAACUCUUCCUGUGGUUUAGUUACUUAAUGUGCAACCUGUUGAUCACAUGUCCCCAAAAUGUGAAAUUCAGUACAGAACUACAUAAUAAGGCGCGGCGGGUCGUGGACCGUCCACCAGCCACUAAGCUGGCCACCAAGCUAUUAAGCGGGCUAUGCGAGAGUCCGCCAGCCGCAAGGCAAUCGCCGCGAACGGCCAGUGGGACUAGCGGGAUAAACUCUGACAUGGCAACAAUGUGGUGUCAGAACAUCGCAACUCGCAAGCGACUGGGGUUUGGUGAAGUUGAUAGCAGAAAAGCAUCCGAAUCCCAAACUUUCUUCCCCCAGACCUCCACUCGAUGA